GUCAACGUAUGUACAUGUAGACUUAUCAAAAAUGGCACAGGCAAAGGCAGGUUUAUUUUCGAUGGCUCAGAGUGAGUCUGAAGUAGAAAAGUUUAUUUCAAGAUACCUGCAACCGGAUGAAGAUUUCUCCCGUGCCUGCGGCGUGGCCAUUGAUAGAUUGGUCCGGUAUCUACAAACAGAAGUGUCCGUCGAUGUCGAUUCGGUGAUAAAGGGAGGAUCGCUGGGGAAAGGCACAGCGCUGAAAGAUAAGUCUGACAUUGACUGCGUGGUUUUCAUCAAUUAUGUCGGAGAUCUUCGAUCGUCCAUACGAGCCAUGAGCGGCCAGUGGUUGCAGGAAACCAUUGAGAAGAUAAGGCGUUGCCUCCGAAAUUGGAAGUCUCUACCCGAGUUCGAGGUUGUUGGCGAGACGAUGCAUGCCGUGAAACUUCGAUACAAGAGGGGCUCUUUUACCUGUGACGUUGAUCUGCUACCUGCCAUAGAUAUUUUGAAGAAAGGUACCCCACAGCAAGUGUAUGAUGCAAUGAAAUCACUUUCUCCACACUUGCGUGAGUACUGCUCAGCUCCACUGGUUCAGCUUCAAGUCGAGUUCGUAAAACGUCAACAGCCAGUGGUAAAGGACUUGAUUCGGUUCGUCAAACACUGGAGAAAGGAACGCUUUCGGGAUUGCCACGUAUCCAAGUCUAGGCUGCCGUCCUCCUAUCUCCUGGAACUUCUGUGUAUCAAGGUUUGGGAAAUGACGGGGAGACCCUGGACCAUGGACAAAAGACAAGGAUUAAAGGCCGUGAUGUCGCUACUGACUGAACGAAGUCACCAACGAGUGGAGUGGUCAGAAAAUUACAACCCAAGCAAAUAUCCGCUAUCUUCCACUUUUGACCUGUUAGUUCGAGAUCCUGCCAACCCACUCAAUGACCUGUGCAGUAAAUUCGAUGCAUCCAGCUGGGACAAAAUGCGCCAAGUGGUCAAAAAGACUCUAAGCAUGCCAUUGCUCAAGGGAUUUUAGUCAUGUCUCCACCCUGGGCAAGAAAAGAUAUAUUCGGAGAUUGUUCUUAAGCUACAAAAUGCACCCAGGCGUAUGGGAUGCGAUGACUUGUUAAGACCUAAAGUGAAUUUGUAAACAAUCGCUGUGAGACAGGUGACUGUUUUUGUUGAUUUCUUAUAUUUUGAAUAUUAACAAAUGUCCGAAUAUUGAGGAUAUUGUUAUAUAUAAGAGUAACAAAUUGUGCAUUUUAUCGACAUUGAUAAAAAUGGCCUCUUUGGACCAGCUUUCUUGUUUAAAUAAGAUAUGAUAUACUGAAAAUAUUAAAAUAUAUUCGUAUUUACUCAGUGAGGGGGUAGGGAGGAGUUUUAUAUCCUAAUAUACGCCUAUGAAAAUUAGUAAAAAUGAUGAACCUAAUUGCUGUCAAAGGGCCUUACUUUUUUUGCUUUUCA